AUGGCUUGCCUCUCCCAAGACCUGCAGCAGCAGCAGUGGCUGCCGCUGCCAGCCCCCAUAGAAGACAGAAGAGGGGCAGUACCCUGUUUUCAGUACCACUCCCACACUGUGGGGGCCCUGGGGCCCCCCGAGGGCCCCUCAGGUGCCCUGGGCGAGGCUGGGGGGCCCCUGGGGGCCCCCCCGGCUCAGCUGCUGCAGCAGCAGCCGCAGCAGCCGAUCCUCGAGCCUGCGGGCCGGAUGACCCAGCAGCAGCAGCAGCCGCAGCCCGUGAUGCUGCAGCAGCAGCAACGCCACCAGCAGUUCGUGCUGCCGCAGCUGCAGCACGUGCAGCAGCAGCGCCACGUGCAUCCGCAGCCGCGCAUGCAGCAGCAGCAGCAGCAGCAAAUCAUGCCGCAGCAGCCGCUAGCACUGCCCGCUGUUCAGCAGCACCAAACAGUCCCGCACGUCCCGCUGCAGCAGCACGGCUACAUGCAGCCGCCGCAGCAGCAGCAGCUGCCGCAGCAGGUGCAGCAGCAGGUGCAGCAGCAGGUGCAGCAGCAGAUGCAGCAGCAGAUGCAGCAGCAGAUGCAGACCAUCCCUCUGUUGGCGCCGCCCCACCACCUGCUGCAGCAGCACCAGCAGCACCCGCCCCACCUUAGCCACUUUCCUCGGCAGCAGCAGCAGCAGCAGCAGCAGCAGCAGCAGCAGGCCCCCAGCCGGUCUGCUGCUGGCAGCAUGCAAGGGCUGCUGGUUGCUGCUGCUGCAGAGCCCCCUGCACAGGGGCCCCCCAGCCAUGUGGGGGCACCUGCCCAUUCAGUAGUAGAUAGGGGGGCCCCCGGUGACCCGGGGGCCCCGGGGGCCCCAGGGGCCCCGGGGGCUUCAGGGGCCCCGGGGGCCCCUGGGGCCCCGGGGGCCCCUGGCGCCCCGGGGGCCCCUGGGGCCCCGGGGGCCCCUGGGGCCUCGAGGGCCCCCGGGAGCUGUGGGGCCCGGGGGGCCCCCGGGGGCCCCAGGGGCCCCGGCACAACGGGGGCCCCCACAGAUCGAAAGCGCAAAGCGGCAUGGAAGUCCCCAGCCCCCAGGUGGAAGUCCUCAGCUGCUGGGGAAUCUUUGCUGCUGCCCCAGCAGGUGCAGCAGCAAACUGGCCUGCAGCAGCAGCAGCAGCAGCAGCGGCUGCUGUUGCAGCAGCAACAGCAGCAGCAGCAGCAGCAUCUGCAGCAGCCACGGCAGCAGCUGCUGCAUGAUAUGCCUCCCUCUCUAAACGGUGCCCAGCCGCUGCUGCAGCACGCGGCCCAGACUCAGCCGCAGCAGCAGCAGCAGCAGCAGCUUCACCAGCAGCAGCUGGACUUGCCUCAACAGCAGUUCCAGCAGUCGCUUUCGGUGCAGCAGCAGCAGCAGAACAUGCAGCAGCAGCGGGAGCAGCAGCAUAUGUUACCGCCGCAACAGAGGCCACAGAGUCUUGCAGUGCAGCAGCGGCAGCAGCAACUUCCACCGCUGCAGCAGCACCAGCUGCAGCAACAGCUGGUGCUCCCGCUGCAGCAAACGCGACACCCCAACGGAAUAGCUCCGCCGCAGCAGCAGCAGCAGCAGCAGCAGCAGCAGCAGCAGCGGUCGUUGGGUCAAGCAGAGUCUCCCUUGCACCGCAGGGGCCAGCAGCAGCUGGAGGUGGGGCGUCAGCUUUCAGCGUCUUAUCGUGCUGCUGCUGCUGCUGCUGCUUCUGCUGCUGCUGCUCCUCAAGCUGGCCUGAGUGGCGACAUGCAGAAGCGGGCGCAGCAGCUGCAGCAGCUGCAGCAGCUGCAGCAGCUGCAGCAGGCUGCUGUGCUGCUGCAGCAGCAAGAAAUGGACCUCUCGCUGCGGGAACUCGAAUCUGUGUACUUGCCGCUGCUCUGGAGCGACGGCGCUGCAGCAGAGAGGGGCAGCAGCUGCUGCGCUGCCAGCAGCAGCAGCAGCAACAGCAGCAGCAGCAGCAGCAGCAGCAAGAACAGCAUCUCAAUGGGCACUGUGCCUUUAGAUAAGUUGUUAGUUUUUAAAAGAGAAAGAGGAAAGACUUUCAGCGCUAUGGGGGAAGGCCAGUGGGCCCCCUGGCCUGUGGGGCAUGAGGACUCUCGGUGUUUGCUGCUGCAGCAGCAGCUGCAGCAGCUGCAGCUGCUGCCUGCAUCUCAGUGGGACCCGCUGCAGCAGCAGCAGCAGCUGCAGCAGCUGCUGACUCUCUGGUGCAGCAGCCACACGGAACCCUCGGGGGGCCCCAGGGGGCCCCUCCAGUUAGAAGCCAAAGCAGCAAGUAUUCUUAAACUCCCAGCCCCCAGCUGCUUCUCUUUGCAGCCCCAAAAUGGAAUGGUACCUUUUGUUUGGAGGCCCUUGGGGGCCCCCCAAGGGGCCCCCACAGGGGCCCCCCAAGGGGCCCCCCAAGGGGCCCCUGCAGGGCUUUCAGCAGGGGCCCCCGCGGGGGGCCCCCCUAGGGCCCUUCACACACCAGCCGAAGGCUACGGCGCUGAUGUGUGCGGCCAAACGGGCCAGCAGCUGCAGCAGCCGCAAGAGCUGCAGCAGCAGCAGCAGCAGCGGGACCCGCAGCAGCAUGAAAGGGGAGAGAUCCGGCGGCAGCAGCAGCAGAGGCAGCCGCGGAAGAUACAGAGGAAGCUCUCUGGGUUGCAGCAGCAGGAGCUGCAGCAGCACACACAGCAAGACCACGCGCUGCAGCAGCAGCAGGAGCUGCACCAACAGGAGCAGCAGCUGCAGCAGCAAGUGCGGCAGCAGCUGCAGCAGCAGCAGCACUAUGCCGUGGGUUGUGGGGCCCCUUCCGCUUCUCUUGCAGGGAUUUCAGGGGCUGCAGCUGCCACUUGUUGCGGCCCGCUUCAAGUAUGA